UUACUUUCUCUUUGUAAGACAGUAUAUAUAUAUAUCAUGACGACAAGGCCAGAAGACGAAGAAGACGAGGAAUUAACGUUGGAACUGAUAAGCCAACACCUCCUCGGUGACUUCACUUCUACUGACUUCUCUUUCUCUACUCUUCCCGACGAUUUCCAGCCCGUAAUUUUCACCUCUGAUCAGAAACCUAACCAUUUUGAUCUUCACGAUAAUUUUUCCGAGUUUGAGACAAAGCCCAAUAUCAUUCUAAGCCCCACAUCAGUUACCACUUCUGUCGUUUCCAACACAAGAAUAUUUGAUGAUUCAAGUUUGAACAGAACGGAUAAAAAAAGUGGACGGGUCGGGUUACGGGUCUUCAGUGGUGGAGAAUGGAAAGAAGAAGCAUUACAGAGGGGUUAGGAGGCGACCGUGGGGGAA